GUGCGCCGUUGUGGUAUUUUUAUUAAGUUGUUACAGAGCAACAAGUAUUCCGUAAAUAUACUUACACCACUACACUUAAGUAUUAUGUGAAAACAUAUAUUGAACAUAGCAUGUGUAGAAAAGGGUCAAAUAUUGUAUAUGAUAGAAAUUACAAUAAACUCAGGUGAAAUAUCUAAGAUCAGGAUUAUACUAUUCAAACAUCAAUUACCAAUGCUCUCUAAUAAAGGAGAUCGUCAUGCUAUCAAUAGGACGUUAAUUUAUUAUACUGAAACUGGCCUUGAAGGUUUUGGUAAUACGGAGAUAAAUUCAUAUUGUGGUAAUACUACAAUUAAGGUAAUGAGUGAUGGAUCUAAGGAUAUAUUCUGAAAUAAAUAUAUAACUACGGGAUUCGCUUCAUCUAGUAAUAGAUAUGCGAACAGAGGUCUCAUAGUAGUUGAUUCAUUAUUGAAAUAUAAUAGAAGUAAUAUUCUAUGAAACAGAUUAAUAUCUGCUCAGCAAAGGGGACCAGUGUAUAUAUCUGAUAAUUAUUGUCAGAAUCUAAGAAUGUACAGUACAAGAACAGGAAGUUCAAUAAAUGUACUGAAUAAAUUAGAUAGUCUUAAAACUAGAUCAAAAGAUAAUCCUAAUAGUAUUAUUGAUCGUCCUUUAUAUGAUACUUUCAUACUGAAUAAAGAUCUUUUAAAAAUAGCUUGUGAUAAUUUAAAUUAUUUCCGCGCUCCGAAUCCUUCGAUUCGGAGGGGGGCAAAAUAUAAUAUGAAUACUUCUCAAUUUAAUUCUAUUACUUUAAAUAGUAUAUCUGAAAAAAGAUUAGAUAAAAUAAUCUAUAAACUUAGAAAUAAUAGUUUUCAAUUUAGUUUAGUUAAACGAGAAAUGAUAUCUAAUACUAAAUUAAAUUCAAUAUAUUUAGGUUCACCUGAAGAUAAAAUAGUACAAGAAGUAAUACGUAUGGUAUUAGAAGCUAUAUAUGAACCUAUAUUUUUAGAUGUAUCUCAUGGAUUUCGUCCAAAAAGAAAUUGUCAUACAGCUUUAAAAAAUAUAUUUACUUCUUUUAAAGGUUGUACAUGAUGAAUUAAGUGAGAUAUUAAAUCUUGUAUAGAUAAUAUAUCUCAUGAUAAAUUAAUUAAUAUAUUGUCUAAUAAGAUUAGUGAUAAACGUUUUAUUGAAUUAAUACGUAAAUCAUUAAAUUCUGGAUAUUUAUAUCAAUAUAGACGUAAAACAGAUAUUAUUAAUUCUACUCAAGGUUCUAUAAUUAGUCCUAUAUUAGCUAAUAUAUACCUACAUCAAUUAGAUAUAUUUAUAAUAAAUUUAAAAAAUAAAUUUGACUAUAAAGGUUUAUAUACUAAAUAUGAUAAUAAUUAUAAUAGUAGUAAUAUACAUAGAUUACAUAAUACUGUAAAGUUAAGAAAACAUGUAAUUAAGGAUGAGUUUAAUCAUAAACUUCAAUAUAUUAGAUAUCUUGAUGAUUGAAUUGUAGCUAUAAAUGGUUCUUAUUCUAUAACUAAAAGUAUUUUAAAUCAAAUUAGUUUAUUUUGUUUAAAUGAAUUAGGUAUAACUAUAUCAAAUACUAAAAUAACUAAUACUUAUAAAGAGUCUAUUUUGUUUUUAGGUACUUAUAUUAAACAUUCUACUACUAGUACUUAUCAUAAAACUGGUAAGUAUUUACAACGUAGUUCAGAUUUCUUAAUAUUUAAUGCACCUAUGGAUCUUAUUAAAUCUAAAUUAAUUAAUACUGGAUUCUUAGCUAUGAAAGAUCAUAAACAUGUAGGUAUUAGUAGAGUAUCUUGAAUUAGUUUAAAACCUCAACAAAUAAUAUAUUUAGCUAAUAGUGUGAUUAAAGGUUAUAUAAAUUAUUAUACUUUUGUACAUAAUAGAAGUACUAUAGUUACUUAUAUUUUCUAUAUUAUUAAAGAUGUUGUACUUCGUACUUUAGCUCAUAAAUAUAGUUUAACUACAAGAACUAAAGUUUAUAGUAAAUUCGGAUCUAAUAUUCAAAUAUUUGAUUAUAAUAUUCGUAAUAAUGAUAAUACUCCUAAAGUAUUGGCUACAUUAUUUAAUCCUAUUAAUAAUUUCCGUACUCCAAAGGCUAAAUUAAAUUUAUGAAAUAAUAAUUAUAAUACUAAUAUACCUGCACUAUAUUCUAAUAAUAUAUCUUUAACUACUAUUAUGAAAGCUAAAUGUUUAGUUUGUUUAAGUGAUUAUAAAGUAAAUAUGUAUCAUAUGAUGAAGGAUCUUAAACCUAUCAAGGGUACUUUUGAUAAUUUAAUAGUUAAAUCAAAAUGUAAACAAGUGCCUCUUUGUAUAAAUUGUCACUUAAAGUAUCAUACUGAUAAUCUUACUAUUCCUUGUCAAUUAUGCCCCCCUCCGAAGGAUUCGGAGGGGAGCGCAGAAUAUUAA